AUGGUGUCUUUAAUUCGCACUCUUCGACAUCACACGGACGAGGUCAGCUGCUGCGCCUUCUCUCCGUCCCUCCUGGUGACCGGCUCGGGAGAUAAAACCCUUCGCGUUUACAACACGGCGGACUUCUCCGAGCUUCCGUACUCUCCUCUGACAGGCCACGGCUACAGGGUCCACUGCUGCUGCUUCAGCUCCUGCGGCGGCUUCCUGCUCAGCUGCUCCACGGACGGCUCGGUCCUGCUGUGGAGGCCGGACACCGGUGAGCUGCUGGCGGCGCUGCAGCACCCGGAGCGCAGCCCGCUCCGAGUCUGCGCACUGGCGCCGGACUCCUCCCUCCUGCUGGGCGGGGCUUGUGACGGCACCGUGGCCCUCUGGGACCGCCCCUCCAAAACUCUGCGCAGCUGUGUUGCAGUCAGCGAGGACAGCGUCGUGGCCUGCUGCUUCUCUCCGUGUGGCCAGAUGUUUGCGACCGGCUGCACCCGUGGGGACAUCAAGCUGUGGGACGUCCACGUCAGCCUCCUGCACGCUCACAAGGACGCCCAUGACUUGGGCGUCACCUGCUGCAGCUUCGCACCUCAGUUUAAAGUCGAGAGCUGCUGCGUGGAGUUUCGACUGGUCUCCUGUGGCCAGGACAGCCAGCUGAAAGUAUGGAUUGUUUCCCAGCGUGACGGAGCAGUUUGGGUGAUGGAGCUGCGUCACACUCUCUCGGCUCAGUCGGCUCCAGUUCUGUCCUGUGUUUUCUCUGCUGAUGGAGAGCUGCUGGUCUCGGGCUCGGUGGAUAAAAGUGUCACGAUAUAUGAUGCUAACCAAGGAGCCUUACUCCACACUUUGAAGCAACAUGACAGAUAUGUGACUGCUGUUGCUGUGUCUCCCACCUUGGGCUUGAUUGCAACCGGCUCCAUGGACAGAUCAGUCAAUGUAUGGAGAUUUGAAGAUGGAGAAACUGCGGCUGAGUCACAGCAGAUACCGUGUCAAGAAAGGAAGCUGCCGGGUCACUCCAGGCUGCUGCUGCUUGCUGAUUGGACGGAGCGAGACGUGCAGACUUGGCUGCAUGAGGAAGGACUCGAGGAACUCGUCGCAGUCUUUAAAACCAACAACAUCGACGGACCAGAACUUCAACAUCUGAACAAGGAGAUGGUGGCUGAGCUGGGAAUUGAGUCUUUGGGACUCCGUGGUCGUCUCCUGAGGAAAAUCGAGGCUCUGAAGGCAGAGCAGAGCGGCUCCGAAGCCCUCGACGAGUUUCUGUGUCCAAUCACCAGAGAGCUGAUGAAGGAUCCAGUUAUUGCUGCAGAUGGCUAUUCUUAUGAGCGAGUGUCUAUAGAGAGCUGGAUCCAAGGUAAAAACAAAACCAGCCCCAUGACGAACCUGCCCCUACAGACCCUGCACCUGAUCCCCAACAGAUCCCUGAAGAUGGCCAUAACCCGAUGGAAGUCCAGCCAAUAA